AUGGCGAAUCCACGAAAAUUUAGUGAGAAAAUUGCCCUCCAUAAUCAAAAGCAGGCUGAGGAAACAGCUGCUUUCGAAAAGAUUAUGCGUGAAGUUUCCGAUGCAACCAAUAAGCCUGAGGAAACUACAUUAGCUACUCAGUAUGGGAUGAGUGGAGGGCAUAGUGGAGGUACUUCACCAUCAAGAACACCAAUACAACGAGGCAGAGCAUCGUCUUCGGUUGGGCCCAUGCGAAGACCUGCUGAUCGAAAACAUGAUACUAGUCCUUAUGGAAGCACUGUCUAUUUGAGCCCGCCGCCCGACAGCAACUGGAGGCGCACCAACUCCGACUCGGCGCUGCACCAGUCGUGCGGCGAGCAGCAGGCGGUGCAGCAGCCGCUCUCCCCCCACCACCCCCUGCAUUCGCACGCCCACCCACACCUGCAUCCCCACCAGAAUCAUAGACGAGGGCCUGAUAUACCCUUAGAUGUGCUGGCAACUUUAGGAAUGAAUCCCACAAACCGACCUCGUUCGUCGUGCGAAAUUCCACGAAUACCAAAUAACAACAACGUGUACGAGAGCGGAGGUGACGGCGGGGGUGGCGGCGGCGGUGGAGGGGGCGGGUUGGUGUGCGGCGAGCUGCAGGUGCCGGGCGGCUCGCUGCCCGACCUCACCUCCGUGCACUACCCGCCACACAGCCCCCACUACUUGCCGCACCGGACGUCGCCGGAAUACCAGCCCAGAUAUAGCCCGACGUCGCCGGGCGCGGUGUCGCCGGGCGGCGGCAGCGUGUCGCCGGCGACGGGCGGCCUCUCGCCGGCGUCCGGCUCGCCGGUGGGCGCGACAGUGCCGCUCGCGCUGCACCCGCACGACGCGACGCUCUACGACGCGCAGGUCAGUGCCGCCGGCGCCCGCCCGCGCCACGACCACCCGCCCGACCGGCGCCACGACCAGCGCCACGACCAGCGCUACGACCGCCGCUACGACCACGCGCACGACCACGCGCACGACCAGCGCCUCUACCACUCGAUGACGCAGUACCGCGACCCCGCCGUCACGAAUCACUUAUCUGUACCAAACACAAAUAAUUACCUUCAUCAUAAUAAGAACAUGUCGCCGCUAGACCACAAUUGGAUAACGUCUGGAUAUCAGUCACACUGUAGUCCGCCUUCUCAAUAUUCCUCCACGUCUAAUAUAAAUGUACCUUCGCCGACAAUGGUGCACAGUCCAGGGAGUCCUGUGGAGUCCCCGCAAACGGACUACAACAAUUUACAUCAAGCGCUUCUACAGCCAUUUGAGCAAAUUACAAUGCUGGACCCUCCGACGUCAAGUUAUAACACGAGUUAUAUCAAUCACAGCUCACCGCACUCGUCACAGACGACGAAUUCGCAACACACAUAUUCUCAGGCGCAGCACGUGCAGCACGCGCACGUGUCGCACGUGUCGCACGGCGGCCACGCGGAGGGGGCGCGGCGCGCGCGCGACCCCGUCGCCGGCGGCGGCGCCUUCGCCGCGCUGCAGCCGCUCUCCUCGCCCUCCGCGCCGCCCACGCCCGCCACGCCCGCCAGCAUACCCGACAUCAUACUCACCGAUUAUUCGGGGGAACUGGACGCGGGCAUAUUCGGCGGUGAGGAGGCGCAGUUACGGGCCGGCCUGGAUUUGGACGACCUCACCCUACUAGAGGAGCCCAGCGCUCUACUACCCGACUCCUCGGUCGAGCACGAGUUCCGGCUCGACCGAUUG